CUUUUUUAAUUCGCUCAAUAAACCAAAACAGUGUUCUUGUAAGCGACAAAAAAUAAUGCUAAAUGCGCAGUGGUUAAAAACAAAAAAGAUCUCGACUAAAAAGUGUCAGUGAAUAUGUGUUUAAGGAGAUAAAAUCGAAACAAAUAAUUAGGAUGUGAAGCCAUGUUGGAAUGCGUGCGUCGCGCGGGCCCAGUUGUACGCGCGUCGACUAAAACUGGACAAAAUUUCCUGAUAACAACGAGACUUGUAUUUUUUCUCGUUCCCUUCAUUAUCCUCCUGUCUGUCAGGGACAGUGUAUCUGGCGCUGUGUCGCUCGGCGCCCACCUUGUAUGCGCACGCGUCGCCGGCCUCACUGACAAGCAACGCGCCAUGUGUCGUUCGUCGCCCGCCGCUAUCGCCGCCGUGGGGGACGGUCUAAGAUUGGCGUACGCUGAAUGUCGGUCGCAGCUCGGCGGUUACAGGUGGAACUGUUCCGGUAUUGGAGAUGGAAAUGACUUUGGACACGUGAUGCCAUUGGCUACUCGUGAAGCCGCGUUUACUUACGCGAUAACGUCAGCAGGAGUCACGCACGCUCUGAGCACGGCCUGUGCGCGCGGAGACUUACCCGCGUGUGGGUGUUCUUCGAACAGCAGACGACGCUCACCGAGUCCUUCAGAACAGUUCCAAUGGGGCGGCUGCGGGGAGGCCGCUUACGGCGCAAGGUUCGCUCGGCGGUUCCUCGACUCGAGAGAAAUGGAAGCUGAUGCCAGAAGUCUGAUGAACUUGCACAACAAUAGGGUGGGGAGGAAGGUGAGCGAGGUCGUAAAAGAUUUAGUUAGACGCGAAUGUAAAUGCCACGGCGUGUCCGGCUCCUGCGCACUCCGCACUUGUUGGCGUGCGUUACCACCCUUCCGAGCGGUGGGAGCUGCCCUACGAGAGAAGUAUCACAGAGCUAGACUCGUGGCGCCACAUCCGCCGCCGGCCACGCAUGCGCCGCAGACUCAUCUUGUUAUACGAAGGUCAAGACAGAACGCCGGCGUAGGCAGGCAACCUCGCAAGUCUGAAUUAGUUUACCUAGAACCGUCCCCAUCUUACUGCGAGGCGGACCCCGCUACUGGAUCCCUGGGAACACAUGGACGCCAUUGUAACAGAACGUCAAGAGGCGAAGAAGGCUGCGAAACUCUCUGCUGUGGUCGUGGGUACAACACGGUGCGCACGGAAGAAGAGACUAAAUGCAACUGUCGCUUUCACUGGUGCUGCCGCGUGUCCUGCGACAAGUGCGUCACACGCAGCGAAGUCCACAUCUGCAAGUGAACGACAUCUAGCGAAGAGUAGCGACAUUACGUUGUAUAAUUUUAAAUUUGACAAAUAAAAUUGACGGAAGUAUCAAUGAUUGCUUCUCUUUUUUUUCGAGUGACUUUCGUUUUGUUUAUAUUGCGACUUAUUUCAAAAUUAUUAUAGGUAAUUCAUAUUUCUUAUCAGUUGUAAUACAAACCAUAUUAUAGUUCUUAGUGCUUAAAAUGAAUGAUGUAAAAUGAUUUGGAUGUAAGAUAUAAUUAUUGCAUCAAAUACAUUUCAAAGAUCAACCCUACCACUAUCUACUUCAAUUCUAGAAAAUACACCUCUCGUUUAUGUAAGACAAAACAAAAAUUAUAUCAUAAAUGAAGAUCGAAAACAAAU